CGCGGUUCCAAACGUCUUGUUCCAGCUGGUGGUUUGAUAAAGUACGCCGCCGUGGAGCGAAAGCCAACGAGACCAGUCAGUUCCAGUUUUACUCCUUCCAACACACCACAUCAAGAUGGCCUCCCGCAAAGCUACCACGUUCGCCCAAGCUUGGCUCAGCGACACCGCUGCGUACCCCAUCAUUGCCGUCAUCGGUGGUGCCCUCGGUUUGACUACGUUCAGCAGCAUCCGCUACUUGUCCGCGUCCCCUGAAGUGCACUUCAACAAGGCCAACCGCGGCAACCCCGUGAUCUCGGAAGAAUCGGCCAAGGGCUGGAACAGCCACCGCAACGGCAUCCGCACGUGGUCUGAAAACAAGAUCAACCAGCACCAAAAGGCCAAGGGACUCCAAGGUCUUUAAUUAACAGCGUUGGCUUCCUUCCACUUGCACAUAUGGAGUGAAUCCGAUAACUCAAACAAUAAUGACGUCCACGUACAAUUCAUG